UUAUUCAACCUAUCGAUUAUUUUUAGCGCGUGCUUUUUGUAUUAAAUAAAGUUAAUCAAUUCUAUGUUGUGUUGUUAGUUGUUGGUUCAAGUGCAAGGCGAGAGGUGCAAUAAGGAAGGAAAUUGAAUUACUUGACGUUUAUAUGACAUUUGCAACGCGUGAGAUGUACCAGAGUUAUAGGUAAAGGAUAUCUCAUAAAACUAGGCUGUGAAAAAGAGAAAAAAAGUGAUAUAAUAUUUUGUUAUAAGUGAUCACAAAUUGAUGUAAACUUUGAUUGAUGAAAACAAAUUCUCAACAAGUGAUUCAAAUUUAGCUUUGGGGCUAAAUUAAAGAUUGGUUUUAGUGUAAAUACUUGAGAAUUAUUUAUUUUUAUAAAAAUUUAAUCAAAAUCAACGACAAUGGUGCUAGCCGAUAAAGAUGCCGGAAUCGUGGAGCGACUCCUGACAGCUGGAACAUCAGCUUGUAUAGCAGAUUUUCUGUCAUUUCCACUGGACACUGCCAAAGUUCGAUUACAAGUGCAGGGUGAGGUUGUUCCAGUGGCGCGCAACAUAAUGCUCGACGCCUCUGGCCAGGCAGUGGUGGCGGAAGCACCAGGACUCAGAUACAAAGGUGUAAUAGGAACUAUGGGAACUAUCGCUCGUCAGGAAGGUUUCAAGGCCCUGUACAAUGGAUUAUCUGCAGGACUUCAAAGGCAAAUGUGCUUCUCAUCUGUAAGACUUGGCUUAUACGAUUCCGUCAAAGAUUUCUACACAAAAUUGUUAUACGAUACUAAAGACGUGAGUAUGCAACUUGGAGCAAGAAUAUUAGCCGGAGCAACUACUGGAAGUAUGUGCGUUUUGUUCGCUCAGCCCACUGACGUUGUUAAAGUCCGCUAUCAGGCGCAAAUCCGCAAUCCUGGAGUCGGAGCAAGAUACAAGAGCACACCCCACGCAUACAAAUCGAUAUUCAAGGAGGAAGGUCUUCGAGGAUUAUGGCGUGGUACAGCACCUAACGUCUGCCGUAAUGGUAUUGUAAACAUCUCCGAAAUUGUAUGCUACGAUUUGGUAAAGGAUUUGUUAAUGCAACAUUUGCACAUGAAAGAUGGUGUGCCAUGCCAUUUCACAUCAGCUGUGAUUGCCGGUUUCUGCACAACUGUGGUUGCAUCUCCGGUCGAUGUGAUCAAAACUAGAUACAUGAAUGCACCGAAAGGACAGUACAAUGGAGCAAUUGAUUGCACCGUACGAUUAUUAAGAUCUGAAGGAGCUUCUGCUUUUUAUAAGGGAUUCGUCCCAUCGUUCAUGCGGCUUGUUUCAUGGAACAUCUGCAUGUGGAUAACCUACGAACAGGUCAAAAUCGCUGUCAAAGGAGUCGUUAGAGGACACGAUUGAUCAAUCCAUCAAACGUUAUAUACAUAUUUUUAUAAAUAAAUAUUAAUUAUGAAUAAGUCAUCCAU